AUGGAGUUGGGUGCCAACUUCGCAGCAAGGCUGGAGCCAUUCUUGCUUAUGUCCAAAUCGGCCAAAGGUGCUGCAGCUGCAAAGCUCAUCCAAGACGCCACCGCUGCCCCCGGCGUAUUCGUCUUCGCCGAACUCUUAGACAUGCCAAACAUCCAGGAGCUGUCCAUGAGCGAACAAUACGCGCCGUACAUUUCACUGCUGCAACUCUUCUCUUAUCGCACGUAUAGGUAUUACUUGGACAACAAAAACUCCUUCCCACCACUAAACGCUGCACAAAUCACCAAAUUGAAAUACCUCUCGAUAGUGUCCCUAGCGACCGAACGCCGGAUACUCCCGUACUCGUUGCUUCUCGAAGAAUUGCAAAUGCCUACGAUCCGCGAGCUCGAAGAUCUGAUCAUCGACGCAAUCUACUUGGACAUCCUCCGUGGCAAGUUCGAUCAAAAGGAACAACAACUCGAGAUCGAGUAUACGAUGGGCCGAGACCUAGAACCUGGACAACUUGAAAAGGUCCUCACAGCCCUUCAGAAUUGGGCGAGUACGACAGCAUGUGUACUCGAAGCUUUGGAUAAGAAGCUUGUCGAAAUCGCAGAGCAUGAUAAAUCCGUACGGAGCGAAAUCGAGCUACACGAAGAACUUUGCGUGGCUAAUCUGAAAGAAGUCCAAGAACGCCUAAAGGAAUCCAAACAAUCGAAUCGUAAAGCCGGAUCGUAUCCCACUGGUGGAAGUGGCGCGGGAGAUAGCAUGGACAUCGACGAUCCACCAGCGGAAGGUAACGUGAAGAUAAGGAAUAGAGGACUAUUUGUAAGCCGUGGACCAUCGGAGGCUGCGGCGGCGGCUAAACAACAGAGAAAGCGAAACAGGUUCUGA